AUGCCAUUGUGCGCGGCCGUCGUCGGCUACGGCUUCAGCGCAAAAACAUUUCACAUCCCUUUCCUCCUGCAUAAUCCGGGAUUUCAUCUGUACGCGAUCGUCCAGCGCGCAUCGCGGAAGGGAAACUCAGCCGUAGCCGAUUUUCCGCAUGUCAGGAUUUUCAACAACGCUUACGAUUCCAUUGCAGACGGGGCUGUUGAUGUUCUAAUCAUCACUACGACGAAUGAUACGCAUUUCCCGUUAAGCAAAGCGGCAUUGGAGAGCGGAAAGCACGUCCGGCUUCGGUCCCAUUUUGACUGCGCGCCGAACUCGCGGACGGCGAUCGAAUCGAAGAAGUGGCGCUUGGCUAGCGGUGUCCCGGGAGCAGGAAUGCUAUUUGAUCUAGGAAGCCACUUGAUCGACCAGUGUUGGGAUAUGAGAAAGGUCUACAAGUACGUUGUCAGCGAUAGACAGAAGAGAUUUGAGGUGCUUGGGACUAAAGGCCGAUGGGUCAAGUACGAGCUCGAUAUCCAGGAGGACCAGCUGUAG